ACCACCUUUUAUUCACAACACAACUACUACAAUAGCUACAUCCAAUUCAACAUUCUUCUCAUCACUUAACAAACAAAAUGGCUGCUGCACUUACAGUCCCUGAAAUAGUCCUCCCUUCCUCCACCGGACAACGCAAAAUGCCGGUGAUGGGCCUCGGAACCGCACCGGAAGCAACCAGUAAGGUUACUACAAAAGAUGCUGUCCUUGAAGCAAUCAAACAAGGUUACAGACAUUUUGAUGCUGCUGCUGCAUAUGGCGUUGAACAUUCUGUUGGUGAAGCCAUAGCUGAAGCACUUAAACUUGGACUCAUUUCAUCUAGAGAUGAACUCUUUGUUACGUCUAAAUUGUGGGUUACCGAUAAUCAUCCUCACCUCAUCGUUCCUGCUCUAAAGAAAUCUCUCAGGACUCUUCAACUAGAAUAUUUAGACCUAAUUUUGAUCCAUUGGCCAAUUACUACUAAUCCCGGUGAAGUUAAAUACCCUAUUGAAGUAUCAGAUAUUGUGGAAUUUGACCUAAAAGGUGUGUGGACAUCUUUGGAAGAAUGUCAAAAACUUGGUCUCACCAAAGCUAUUGGAGCUAGCAACUUUUCUAUCAAGAAGCUUCAGAAAUUGCUAUCCUUUGCAACCAUCCCUCCAGCAGUGAAUCAAGUGGAAGUUAACCUUGGAUGGCAACAAGAGAAGCUUAGAGCUUUCUGCAAGGAAAAGGGUAUAAUCGUAACUGCGUUCUCACCCCUGAGAAAGGGUGCUAGCAGAGGAGCUAAUUUAGUGAUGGACAAUGAUAUACUCAAAGAAUUGGCAGAUGCUCAUGGCAAGACUAUAGCUCAGAUUUGUCUUAGAUGGUUAUAUGAACAAGGAUUGACAUUUGUGGUAAAGAGCUAUGACAAGGAGAGGAUGAACCAAAACUUGCAAAUAUUUGACUGGUCAUUGAGUGAGGAUGAUUACAAGAAAAUAAGUGAAAUUCAUCAAGAGAGACUCAUCAAAGGACCAACCAAGCCUCUUCUUGAUGAUCUAUGGGAUGAAGAAUGAGCAAUCACUUCACUUUGAAAAACAAUGGUUUUUGCAACUUGCUCUUAAUAAAGCAAGUGCCAUCAUAGUAAUUAUGAGUGCACUUUUUUAAUGUAGUUGCGAGUUUUUUAUUUUCAUGAGUAUUUACUUUUCUUGCAUAUUAUAUAAAGCAAUUAUAUGUAACGGUUGUCAAAAUAACAACUUUAAUUGAAUGAGUCUUCUUCA